AUGGCAGGUGUUGCCUCAACAGAAACAAGCGCUAUCAAUACAACAGUUGGACCACAACAAAUACCACCAGAACCAUCUACAUAUCAGCAUACCACGCCCAAUUCCCUCGAAUCUCCAAGCACAAACCCAGCAGACCCCGAAAAAAACAUCGUCGAUUCCUCACCCUCUACCUCCCACGAAACCAGUCUCGACAUCCCCUUACCCAAAACCCCUCCUCCCCACGAAAAUGCCACUUCAAACGCAGACACGAGCGACGCUCCUGGGCCCGCAUUUCCAGACCCCGAAGCCACGCGCACACAAUUGGAAACCAUCAUCAUCAUGCUAUCCCUCUGCUCCUCGGUCUUCCUCGCCGCCCUCGACGUCUCCAUCAUAACCACCGCCUUACCCACCAUAUCCACGCAUUUCCACUCCGACGCCGGCUACACGUGGAUCGGAUCCGCAUACUUACUCGCCAAUGCCGCUAGCACACCUUCUUGGGGGAAGUUCUCCGAUAUAUGGGGUCGCAAACCGAUAUUGUUGAUAGCGGCUGGGAUAUUUUUUAUCGGGAGUUUGCUUGCGGCGACCAGUGUUAGUAUUGGGAUGUUGAUUGUGGCGAGGGCGGUGCAGGGAGUGGGGGGAGGGGGACUCAUUAUUUUGGUUAAUAUUUGUAUUAGUGAUUUGUUUAGUAUGAGGAAGAGGGGGGCGUAUUUUGGGUUGGUGGGUAUGACGUGGGCUUUUGCUAGUGCGAUUGGGCCGCUGUUGGGAGGUGCGUUUACGGAGAAGUUGCCGAUUACGGGAACAGUUGCAAUAGCACUCUUCUUCUUCCUCCAUCUCGAUAAUCCAAAAACGCCAGUAUGGGAUGGAUUGAAAGCCGUGGACUGGCUUGGAAGUUUACUGAUAGUUGGUGGUACACUGAUGGUUCUUCUCGGGCUCGAAUUCGGAGGCGUCACCAAACCAUGGGAUUCAGCUACCGUCAUCUGCCUCAUAAUUUUCGGGAUAUUGAUCGCCGGACUAUUUGUGCUCAACGAAUGGAAAUUCGCUCGAUAUCCAGUCAUGCCUCUUCGACUCUUCAAGCAUUCAUCUAAUGUUGCAGCUUUGGGCGUUUGUUUCUGUCACGGAUUCGUCUUCAUCUCCGCUUCCUAUUACCUCCCGCUAUAUUUUCAAGCUGUUCUUGGCGCUACCCCCCUCCUCUCUGGCGUCUAUCUUCUACCAUUCGCCCUCUCGCUAUCUUUGACAUCGGCGGCCACGGGUAUAUUUAUUAAAAAAACCGGCAAAUACCUACCACCCAUCUACUUUGGGCUCGUAAUCAUGACCCUCGGCUUCGGUCUCUUCAUAGAUCUCCCGCGCACCCCCACAUGGUCCAAAAUCAUCAUCUACCAAAUCAUCGCCGGUAUAGGCGUCGGUCCCAACUUCCAAUCUCCACUUAUUGCGCUGCAAACGCUGGUUCAGAAAGCUGAUAUUGCAACUGCGACUGCCACAUUUGGAUUUACGAGGAACCUGAGCACGAGUAUUAGUGUUGUGGUCGGAAGCGUGGUAUUUCAAAAUGAAAUGCAGAAGCGGAGUGCGGAAUUGGUUGGUGCGCUGGGGAGUAGCGUGGCGUCGGAUUUGAGUGGUGGGAGUGCGGGGGCGAGUGUGGAUAUUGUUAAGGCGUUACCUGCUGCUGGACGAGAGGUGGCGAGGACUGCUUAUUGGGGGAGUUUGAGGGUCAUGUGGAUCAUCUACGUAGUAUUUGCAGCGCUGGGCCUAGCAAUAAGUUUUGCCAUCGGCCAACAUGUUCUGAGUAAAGAACAUGAGACUACGAAAGUGGGAUUGGGAGAACAGGAAAGAUUGAGGUUGGAAGCUAAGCGGGUGAAGAAGUUGGGGGAUGUGGAGGUUGGGGGGCUGGUUGUGCUGGGAAGGGGAAAUGGAGAGGGUGAGGGUGAGAAAUCUUUGGUUUGA